UUGUGUGGACUUGUGUCCGCGCUCGGGCCCGCCCCCGAGUCCCCAUUGGUUGCGUUCAGUAAGAGGAGGAACCGAGGAAGCGCUCCGAGUUCUAGUCUCCGAAGGCCGGUUCUGCUCCGGACACUCGCGAAUUGGCACCGCGCGGGCCCACGUUGCUCUGCGGGACCUACAGACGCAGCAACUGCUUGCGGGGCGCGUGGUGCGCAGUCGUCGUAGAGCUGCCCGGGACAGGUGCGAACUCGAGAUCCGCUGCGCUGUCCCAUCCUUGUCGUCGAGGCGUCGCUGGAUGCGAGUCCGCUGAACAUCCGAGAUGGCUGCGGGUCCCGGGCUCCUCUGGCUGCUGGGCCUGGCUCUGUGCGUGCUGGGCAGCAGCCACCUCCCGCGUUCCCCGCACGUCUUUCCCCAGCAUCGACUGGGAGUGCGCGAGCCCCGCGACAUGCAGCGCGAGAUCCGGGAGGUGCUGGGGUUGCCGGGGCGGCCCCGAUCUCGAGCACCACUAGCGACUGCCCAGCAGCCAGCGUCUGCGCCCCUCUUUAUGUUGAACCUGUAUCAUGCCAUGACGGAUGACAGUGGCAACGGGCCCCCGCAGCCUCAUCUGCACCGCGCUGACCUGAUUAUGAGCUUUGUCAACAUAGUGGAGCACGACCGUACCCUGGGCUACCAGGAGCCACACUGGAAGGAAUUCCACUUUGACUUAACCCAGAUCCCUGCUGGUGAGGCUGUCACAGCCGCUGAGUUCCGGAUAUACAAAGAGCCCAGCACCCACCCGCCCAACACAACCCUCCACAUCAGCAUGUUUGAAGUGGUCCAGGAGCGCUCCAACAGGGAGUCUGACUUGUUCUUUUUGGAUCUUCAGACGCUCCGGUCUGGGGACGAGGGCUGGCUGGUGCUGGACAUCACAGCAGCCAGUGACCGAUGGCUGCUGAACCAUAACAAGGACCUGGGACUCCGCCUCUAUGUGGAAACCGAGGAUGGGCACAGCUUGGAUCCUGGCCUGGCUGGUCUGCUUGGACAAACAGCACCACGCUCCAGACAGCCUUUCAUGGUUGGUUUCUUCAAGGCUAGCCAGAGUCCUGUGCGGGCCCCUCGAACAGCAAGACCACUGAAGAAGAAGAAGUUAAAUCAAGUCAACCAACUGCCGAACUCCAACAAACACCUAGGAAUCUUUGAUGAUGGCCACGGUUCCCUCGACAGAGAGGUUUGCCGCAGACACGAGCUGUAUGUCAGCUUCCGUGACCUCGGCUGGCUGGACUCUGUCAUUGCCCCCCAGGGCUACUCAGCCUAUUACUGUGCCGGGGAGUGCAUCUACCCACUGAACUCCUGCAUGAACUCCACCAACCACGCCACUAUGCAGGCCCUGGUCAGUAUCACAGUGCUUCUGUUGGGACCUGAGGGACUGGACAGGCAUGAGGGUAGAACUUUCUCUGCAGACUCAGCCAUGACGUUUGGUUUCUGCCCCUCAGUAAAUGGCGUUGCUCACAUGGGUGCCCCCCCCCCCCCCGGACCUGACAUGUGUCCUGUUUAUCCUGUUAGAGCUGGCUGUUCAUGUGUGCUCACCCAUUAUGGCUGGGUUACUCAUGAUCCCCCAGCUUCUUGGGGAACUGGCUCCUCCCUGGUCUGUUCCCCACUUCUUUCCUGGCUGCCUGCGGUCCCAGGUUGUAAUGCUGAGAAGCUGCAGUCUAAGAAACUCUGUGACAGAAGUUGCUAGUAGGAAGGCAGCUACAACUGCCUUUCGCCUAUGUUUGUGCUUGUAGAAUCUGGUAUUGAGAUUUCCUUCUAGAACACUGUCUGGGAUCCUAGCACCCCAUGACUCUUGGCCUUGUGUUUACCUAAUAGGCAAUUUUGUCUCGACUUCUUUGGGGGCCCGGAUACAUAUCAGGUAUCAUAUAUAUCAGGUGUUUACAUUACGACAAUUCAUAACAGUAGCAAAACUAGAGUUAUGAAGUAGCAACUAAGUCAUUUCAUGCGUGGGAUCACCACAUUAGGAGCUGUAUUAGAGGGUCACUGCAUUAGGAAGGUUGUGCACCACUGCCCUGGAGUGAGCAUCAGGACUUAACAAGAGCUGCUUCAAGGAACUAGGAAGGUGUCCUCUCACAAAGGACACUGGUGUUUGCUGGGUGCCUGGAGCCACUGUGCUCAGAGAUGCUCAGCCUGAUGGUUUAAAGAUGGGUAGAAGGAUUGGCACCCGUUCCAAGCUCAGUGACACCGUCAGACAGCCUCAACUUAGACGCUGAGGCUGAGCUGCAUCAAGGUUAGGGGGAGGUGUUCUUGAAUUUAUCCAUUUGUCCCAGGAACAUUUCUAGUUCAAUCUGCAAGAGAGACUGUCCCUUCCAACGAUGACAUCUGUCUGGUGGUAAAGCAGAGCAGUAUGGGGCAGUGGGGUCCCAGAAGGUGCCUCACUAUAUCCAGUGCUGGGACCAGCGAGCUUAUCUGAGUCUCCAUGGUGGAUGUGACAGUGGACCAAUGGCUGAGAGUGCUGAGGGGCUUAUGUGUCAGCACCUCCACAGGUGCCUGGGCUGUGUCUCGAGGGCAGUGGUCAGGGCAAAUGCGCAGGGUGGGGCCUGCCCUGGCAACAGGUAGUCAAGGCACU